AUGAAGGUUUACUCGCUCUCCCUCCUCUCCGUCUCCCCCUCUACCCCGUCGCAGGCCACCCUCUUGGGAACUGCCCAGGACCUGAGCAGCUUCUCUUUCUAUCAGCGUGGUAGUGUGGGCGAGUUCAUGACUUUUUUCACAAAGACCGUCGCGGAGAGGACGCCUGCCAACCAGCCUUCGUCCGUCGAGGAGAACAACUACAAGGCUCACGUUUUCCGUACUGCUGGCCGUACCCCUGGCGGUCUUGGUCUUGCUGCCGUCAUGAUCACCGACACCGAGUACCCAUACCGCCCGGCCUUCUCGCUUCUUACCAAGCUCCUUGACGAGAACGCAGGUCUCGUUUCGUCUCUCCCCAACCCCUCUGCUGCGCCCUCGUUCAGCGCUGCGUCGUCCGCGGCAUUUGGCGGCAACCCUUCGCAGGCUGCUGCCGGCGGUCUGGCCCCUGCUCAGAAGGGCAAGCUUGAGGGCACCCUUGCCUCGUACUUGGCCAAAUACCAGGACCCCAAGCAGGCCGACACCAUCAUGAAGGUUCAGCAGGAGCUGGACGAAACCAAGAUCGUUCUGCACAAGACUAUCGAGUCCGUUCUCGAGCGUGGAGAGAAGCUUGACAACCUCGUUGAGCGCUCCAACGCACUUUCGACGCAAAGCAAGAUGUUCUACAAGACUGCCAAGAAGCAAAACUCUUGCUGUGUUGUCAUGUAA